AUGAAGUCUUGUCUUAUUGCCGAGAGAGUUUCAGGUGGUGAUUUCAAAGGAGAUUGGAAAAAAGUCCCUAAAAGCGGCCCCAAGGUGUCGGAUCUAAUGGAAAUUCAAAAUUGUAUACAUUCGAUUGCAACCGGUAGUGGGACGGAUAUGUGGAAAUCAAGACUUUUUGCUGAUGGGAAUUUUUGUGUUCAUGAUCUCCGGACUCUUUUUGACUCCAAGUUGACAAUUUUGUUGCAGAAUCCUACGAUUUGGCUUAAGGUGGUCCCGAUGAAGUCACGUUGCUUGCCGCCAUUUCUGCCACCGACGAAGUCAUCAAUUUCAUGGUUGACCCUCGGCUUGUCCUCCAAUUCGUUACAAGAUCGAAUUACACGAAAAGGGGUUUCGAUUACAAACAGAAACCCUAUCCAUAUUGGGAAAUUACGUGAACAUAGGUUUUAUAAAGCGGUGGAGUUAGAUACGUUUGUAACCAGUGACGACGAAGACGAAAUGAGUGAAGGUUUCUUCGAAGCAAUUGAGGAAUUGGAGAGGAUGACAAGAGAGCCAUCUGACGUUCUCGAAGAAAUGAAUUCCAAAUUAUCCCCUAGAGAACUCCAACUCGUUUUGGUCUACUUUUCUCAAGAAGGAAGAGACUCAUGGUGUGCUUUGGAAGUGUUUGAAUGGCUAAAGAAAGAGAAUAAAGUCGAUGAGGAGACAAUGGAGCUCAUGGUUUCUCUGAUGUGUGGUUGGGUUAAGAAACUAAUAGAGGGGAAACAUGAAGCUGAAGAUGUGAUUGCUCUUCUUGUGGAUAUGGAGUGCGUUGGGUUAAAACCUAAUUUUAGUAUGAUUGAGAAGGUGAUAUCUUUGUAUUGGGACAUGGGUGAGAAAGAUAAAGGGGUUUUGUUUGUGAAACAGGUUUUAAAGAGAGGGUUUGGUUAUGAAAAUGAUGAUAAUCAAGGGCGUAAAGGAGGUCCUACAGGAUAUCUUGCUUGGAAGAUGAUGGAGGAUGGAAAUUACACUGAUGCAAUUAAGCUAGUAAUCAACAUUAAAGAAUCCGGUUUAAAACCAGAAGUUUAUAGCUACUUAAUUGCAAUGACAGCUGUUGUAAAAGAGCUAAACGAAUUUGGAAAAGCUUUACGCAAGUUAAAAGCCUUCACAAAAUCCGGUUUAUCUUCCGAUUUAGACACACACGACGCACAACUCAUACAAAAUUACCAAACUACCCUUUUGGAAGACGGGGUGCGCUUAUCCAAUUGGGUGAUCGAAGAGGGUGGGGCGUCAUUUCACGGGGUUGUAUACGAACGGCUUUUAGCCAUGUACAUAUGUGCGGGGCGUGGGGUGGAGGCGGAAGGGCAAUUAUGGAAAAUGAAAUUAGUUGGAAAAGAAGCGGAUGGGAAUCUUUAUGACAUUGUGUUGGCUAUAUGUGCUUCUCAAAAUGAAAUAAAUGCAAUUUCAAGAUUGCUUACAAGAAUGGAGGUGACUAGUUUGUUAAACAAAAAGAAAAGUUUAACAUGGUUAUUAAGGGGUUAUAUUAAAGGCUCUCAUUAUGUGGAUGCUGCUGAAGUGGUGAAUAAGAUGCUUAAUUUGGGGGUGUACCCUGAGUUUCUUGAUAGGGCUGCUGUUUUGCAAGGAUUGAGAAAAAGAAUUAAUCAAAAGGGUGUUUUGGAAAGUUAUUUUAAGCUUUGCAAGAGGUUAUCGGAUGAAGGUUUGACUGGACCUUGUCUUAUAUAUAUGUAUAUAAAAAAAUACAACCUUUGGGUGAUCAAAAUGCUUUGAAGUAGUUAAAAACUAGAGGCAUAAAGAAUCAUCAUCAUCAUGUAUAUGUGUAAUGUGUAUAGAGUUAAUAAUAAUUUGAGUGAGGUGUAGUAAAGAAUGUUGAUAUUGCAUGUUUUAUGGGUAUCUUGUAAUUUUGAUUUUCAAGACUCCGAAAUAUGUAUUUGUGACAUCUUUGGAUUAAUGAUUGCAAAAGGGUUAUAUAAAGGUGGAUGACAUAAGAGUUAUGUGCCCAAAAAAAAGCCCAAUCCAUCUUGACCAUUAUGAUCUAACUUGUACUUUAUAUGGUAAACUUUUUAUUGG